AUGUCCGCUUUCCGCCCCAACGAUCCGAGCUUCUCGACCAAGGCCCUUCACGAAGGUCAAGAGCCCGAGCAAUGGAACUCUAUGGCCGUGGUGCCUCAUAUCUCCAUGUCUACCACGUUCAAGCAACAGGGACCGGCUGAUUUCAAGAAGUAUGAGUACGGACGAUCGGGAAAUCCCACCCGCGAUUGCUUGGAAGCGUGCUUGGCGAGUUUGGAUGGGGCUAAGUAUGCCGUGACCUUUUCCUCGGGUUUGGCUGCCACCACUUCCUUGACCCACUUGUUGAAUGCUGGAGACCAUAUUGUGUCCAUGAACGAUUUGUAUGGCGGAACCAACCGAUAUUUCCGGCAAGUGGCGGCCAGGAUGAACAUCGAGACGUCUUUUGUUGAUGCCACUGACCCCCAAAAGAUCAAAGAGGCUCUGCGACCCAACACCAAGAUGGUCUGGGUGGAGACCCCGUCCAAUCCUACUUUGAAAGUGACCGAUAUCAAGGCCGUGGCAGAUAUUGUCCACGCUCAACCUGGAGUGUUCUUGGUGGUUGAUAACACCUUCGAGUCGGCUUAUUUCCAGCGACCUCUGGAGUUGGGGGCCGACAUCACGUACUAUUCCUUGACCAAAUACAUGAACGGUCAUAGCGACGUUAUCAUGGGAUCAAUCGCCUUGAACGAUUCCGAUCUCCACGAUCGGAUCAGAUUCCUGCAAAAUGCCAUUGGACCCGUGCCAUCACCCUUCGAUUGCUAUCUCGUGAACCGGAGUCUGAAAACCUUGAAUAUCCGUAUGGAGGAGCAUCAAAAGAAUGCCCUCGUGGUUGGAGAGUUCCUGGAAAAACACCCGUGCGUGGAAUCCAUCCGUCAUCCGGGUCUGCCGUCUCAUCCCCAACACGAUUUGGUGAAGAAGCAACAAUACGGACACUCCGGAAUGAUCUCGUUCUACUUGAAGGGUAAAUUGCCCGAAUCGCGAAAGUUCCUGUCUCAAUUGCAAUUGGUGACUCUGGCAGAGAGUUUGGGCGGGUACGAAUCUUUGGCCGAGCUACCAUAUUUAAUGACCCACGCCUCCAUUGCUGAAAAGGAACGAGUGGCUUUGGGCGUCACCGAGAAUCUCAUUCGAGUAUCUGUGGGUCUGGAGAACCCCGAGGACCUCAUCAAGGAUUUGGACCAGGCUCUUCGAUUCGCUUGCGAUGUUUGAACGGAAGAAACGGAAAGAACAAGAAAGCCACCUGGGUGUUUGUUGUAAAGCAUCAUUUUUCAUGAAAUAUAACGCGUUCAUUCGAACGGA